GCAGCUGCUGCUCUCGUGGUCUCCGGAGAUGUUCCUGUUGUUGGUGUUGGCCGCCGUCCUGGCAGUGUUGGUAUGGAAGAGGCUGACGGCUGCAGAGGAGGAGCCGUUCAACCCGCGCCGGCUGGAGGACGCGUGGUGGGGGCCCGGAGAACCCAAGGAGGUGGACGAGUCCGUCCGGCCAUUCACCAUCGCCGUCCCAGACAGCGUGAUUGAAGACUUGCACGAAAAACUAAAAACCACGCCAAAGCUGACGCCGCCAUUGGAGGGUGUCGGAUUCGAGUAUGGCUUCAACUCCAACUACAUGCAGGAGGUGGUGGAGUUCUGGCGGACCAAGUACGACUGGAGGGAGCGCGAGAAGUUCCUGAACCAGUUCCCGCAGUUCAAGACGACGGUGAACGGCCUGGAGCUGCACUUCAUCCACGUGAAGCCGGCCGAGGUCCCGCAGGGCACAGUGGUGGUCCCGCUGCUGCUGAUGCACGGAUGGCCUGGCUCCGUGAGGGAGCUCUAUUCGUUCAUCCCCCUGCUGACCACCCCCAGGAAGGGGGAGGGCUUCGUCUUCGAAGUGGUGGCCCCCUCUCUGCCUGGGUUCGGCUUCUCACAGGGCGCGGCAAAGCCAGGUCUCGGUAUCGUACAGAUGGCCGCCAUCAUGAAGAGGCUGAUGGAGAGACUCGGCCAUAACAAGUUCUACAUCCAGGGUGGAAACUGGGGAGCCAUCAUAGGAACCGCUAUGGCGCAGUACUUUCCGACCUCAGUACUGGCAUUACAUGUAAACAUGUGCCCCGCUGAAGGCCUGAUGCCCAUGAUCAAAGGCACGAUCGGCAGUUUCUGGCCGACUCUGUUCGUGGAACGCCGCUACGCACACAAAGCGUUUCCCUACUGGACGAACAUCCUCAACACGGUUCUGCAGGAGAUGGGCUACUUGCACCUUCAAGCUUCCAAACCAGACACCAUAGGAAUUGUACUGCAGACUACGCCUGUUGGCCUGGCCGCCUACAUCCUGGAGAAAUUCUCCACCUGGACAGACCCAUCUUGGAAGACUCUACCCGAUGGAGGUCUGACAAAGAAGUACGACCUGACGGACCUGCUGGAUAACGUUAUGAUCUACUGGGUCACCAAUUCAAUUAACACCGCCGUAAGAUUGUACUCUGAAUUCUAUGGGAAAGCAGCAAGAGUCGGCCGAAAGAGAGUCAUCGAGAAGUACCCGCCGACAGCCGUGGCGCAGUUCGAGAACGACCUCUUCUUCACCCCCGAGUCGAUGGCUCACGAUGCCCACCCCAACCUGGUACGCUACAACGUCUUCAAGGGUGGACUUUUCGCGGCAUUCGAGGAACCCAAAGUGCUGGCUGAUGACGUGUGGGACUUUAUCAAGUCGAUACACAUAUAGUGUGUGUGUGUGUGUGUGUGUGUGUGUGUGUGUAUGGGUUAUGUGUGGCUGGAGUGUGGGAAUAAAUAUCAGCCGAUGUACACUAUCUGAUCAUAAGUGUAUGGACAUCUAUUACAGGACGAUUAUAUGGGGUUGUCCAACCUUCGCUCUUAUGACGGCAAACUCUGUUAGGGACACUUUCAAUGAGGUGUCUGAAUGUCUGCUGAGGACAGGCAGUCCAUUAAUCCUCAAGAUCCGAAACCAGAGACGGCAGUGAUGUUGGACGCUGCUGUCUGGAGCGAAGUAGAUGUUCUAACUCACUCCAAAGGUGUUCCAUUGGGUUCAGAUUGGGACUCUGGGGAGGCCAGUCCAUUUCGGUUAUGUCGACGUCCACAAACCAUUGCCUCACAGCUGCUGUUUUAUGAUGGGGUCCAUUGUAGUGCAGAUAGAGACAAUCGUCCUCUCGGAACUGCUCCUCUACUGUACACACUACACAGUGCUGUAAAAUGUGCCCAUAUCCUUCCGCAUUUAGCGUUUUCUUAAACACAGUAAGUGGAUUACACCCUAACUUCAAAAAACAAGCCCACACCUUAACAUCACAUAGUCCAUACUCCACUGUUAGCACUACAUAUGAUACACAGUAAUAUUCUGCAGGCAUUCUUCAAAGUCAAACGCAGCAAUCGAACUGCCACAGGGUGAAGUGUGAUUCACCAUCCCAAAAUACUCGUUUCCAAUCUGCCACUGUCUGCUGGCGUUACUCUUUGCACCAUCUUGUGUUGGUUAUCGCUGACUGCUGAAAUGUGUGACUUGUGAGGAGCUGCUCGGCCAUGAUAUGCCAAUAUUUUUAACUCUCUGUGCACAGUCAUUGUACUAGCUAGACUGCUGAUAGCACUUUGGAACUCUCAAGUUAUUCCUUCUGCUGAUUUCACGCCAUUCACAAUCAUCCGUGUCUGUCAGUAAAAGAGAUCAAUUAGGUCUUAGUUUAGCUGUGGUUGUUCCAUCGCAUUUGCACUUUGCAGUCACAAAACCAGCAGUCAAGAUCGGCAGCUUUAGAAGAGUUGACAUGUGCAUGAUGGAUUUGUUACCCAACUGACAUCGAAUGACUGGUCCACAUCCGAAGUCACACAGCCGUGCUGAGUGACCCAGUCUACUGUCACUGCUUCUCUACUUUCUUUCUGGUGGGUCCGCUUCUCGUGACGUCUAGCAGUCAAUUCCGUAUUACGUAGGUGGUCUGGAUACUUUUGAUCAGAUAGUGUACACCUUGGAAGGCACCUGCUGUAAACUGUGAAUUUAAAUGUAUUCAUCGUAAUAAAAUAUUUCCCUUUUUAA